AUGGAACCCUGUGGUUUCUUCGUCGUCGUGGUCGUCUUCGUCUUGUUCUUCUUUUUUAUCUCGAUGCAAUUAUUGGUUCUUCCUUCUCCGUCAGCUCUCAGCGUCGGCCACCGUAGGCUCCUCCAAGACGGCACCGUUUCAUCAUGCCCUUUGGAUUUUGACGCUAUUCGACCGUUGGUCCAGGGCUCAAAACGGUCCACUCUCGACUGCCAAUACAUCCGGCAAGUUCUCAGGCUCGUCCAGUCGGAGUACCUUCGACGCACAGGCUCAUUCCUCCCACCAUUGAACAAAGCCGAGUCAUGUUGGGAAUCGUACGAAACCCUAGUCCACGAAUUCGACCCCAAUUUCGACAUCCGACGCACGUGUGGAUUCCAAACCAGUUGGAUUUCUCAAGGUUGUAUGAACAUCACCACACGAGCCGAGUUCGAGGGCAACGUCCCUUGGUUCACCUUAGUCAAUAUCGUUUCAGCUUGUAACCAGUCCCUAGAGAAUGGCUCUCCUUGUGCUUCGUGUACUACCAGCCUCUCGAGUCUUCAAGCUUCGUAUUUAACUGGUCCAUCGGUCGGAAACGUCUCCGAUUGUACGGCCUAUCCGUCGAUUUACGCCGCAGCUUUCUCAAACCAGUUCGGUCCCACCGAUCAAGGUACUGCUAUGUGUUUGUUUUCCCUUGAUUUUACAUCUUCUAGUUCGAAGGAUACACAGAAAAAGAUUGUGAUUUCUGUAGUUGCAUUAGUUUGUGGUGUGAUUUUAUUUCUGGGGGUUUUUGGGUUUUGGUAUUUGUGGCGAAAGAGAAGGAUUAUGAGGAAAAAAAGGAAUAUUGUGAUCAAUCAUAGUAAUUUGGAUUUUGGGUUGGAGUCAAUUAGUGGAAGUACUACUUUAGUUAGGUUCACGUUUGAGGAAAUUAAGCAAGCUACCAAGAAUUUUUCAAGGGGUAAUAUGAUUGGGAGAGGAGGGUAUGGGAAUGUGUACAGGGGUGUGUUGCCAGAUGGGUCUGAAGUGGCAUUCAAGAGGUUCAAGAAUUGUUCAGCGGGCAGUGAUGCUACCUUUACCCAUGAAGUGGAGGUUAUUGCGAGUAUUAGGCAUGUGAAUCUUUUGGCUUUGAGAGGUUAUUGUACUGCUAUUACUUCUUUGGAGGGUCACCAGAGGAUAAUUGUGUGUGAUUUGAUGAAGAACGGGAGUCUUCAUGAUCAUCUUUUCGGGUUGGUGGAGAAGAAGCUAAGUUGGCCUAUUCGUCAAAAAAUUGCACUUGGGACUGCAAGGGGUUUGGCUUAUUUGCAUUAUGGGGCACAGCCAGCAAUAAUGCAUAGAGAUAUUAAAGCUAGUAAUAUACUUUUGGAAAGGAGUGAUGUUUAUAGUUUUGGUGUUGUGCUUCUGGAGCUUUUGAGUGGGAAGAAGGCACUUCUUGUGGCUAAUGAGGGGCAACCGGCUCUAGUGACUGAUUGGGCAUGGUCACUGGUGAGACAAGGGAGAACUUUAGAUGUUAUUGAAGAUGGUAUGCCGGAUUUGGGCCCUCCAGAAGUUAUGGAGAAGUAUGUGUUGGUGGCUGUUCUUUGUUCUCACCCACAAUUGUAUGCUAGGCCAACAAUAGACCAGGUUGUGAAGAUACUGGACACAGGUAUACCAGUUCCCACAAUACCUGAACGACCAAUUCCUCUUAUUGCGGAUAUUGAUGACAUAGAGAGAUCUGUGAGCAGCAGUGGCUCGGGUGAUCUAUCUGCAAGAAUGACCACUCUCUCAUACCUAAGGAAGAAGAGGAGAAUUCAGGUGGCUGAUAGAAGUUGUUCGAUUUGCAAGGUCUCACACUAAGAGGUGACUUGAAGUCUCCAAUUCUGAGCUUCCAUAAUUUGUAAUGCUCAUCUUGAUUUAUUUAGAUUUGGAUGGUGUAGUUUUGUAGUUGUAAUUACCCACUAUAGUCCCUUCGUUAAUUUAGCUUGUGUGGUUCCUGAAAUUGGAAUUGUUGAUACCGAUUGUAAAGUGAAUAAUACAUGUAGAAUGGGACUUUAUUCUUUCGAACCUAAUAGUUAAAAACAGAGCAUGAUUACAGUUUUUUGCUGCUCAAAGA